UUGCUGGCUGUUGUGUCUGUAGGCGAUGGAGCACCCACGGGUAACUAUGGCUAUACCAACAGUGGAUACAGUGUAUAUGAGGAAGAAAAUGAAAGGUUAACAGAAAGCCUGCGUACCAAAGUCAGUGCCAUUAAAUCACUUUCAAUUGAAAUUGGGACGGAAGUUAAAAAUCAAAAUAAAAUGUUAUCAGAGAUGGACGAUGACUUUGACUCUGCGGGCGGACUUCUAGGUGCGACAAUGGGCAGACUGAGAACACUCUCCAGAGGGAGCCAGACCAAACUAUUAUGCUACAUGAUGCUCUUCUCAUUGUUUGUUUUUUUUGUCAUAUACUGGAUUAUUAAACUGAGGUGAUAAAAAGUUAUCUUCAGUUUAAUUGGUGUAAUUUCAGCCAUAAAACAGUCUGAAUUAAUGAAUACAGUGAUCUAAACUGACAUAUUCUGUCAAAACAUGAUAUUGCAGUAAUUGCAUUAGGUUUUAAUGCAGUGUUAUAUAUAUUCUU